UGAUCAUAUAGAAGAUAUAUUUAAUAUAAUAUUAAUGAUAUUGUUUUUAUAUUUCUGCGCUCUUUUCGCUUUCUAUGGAUUUUGGAUAAUGAAUAUGCUCGAAAGUGGACAGCACUUGACAAUCUUUCACUUGGCAUAUAUUGUAAGCAUCAUGCUCAAUGCGUUUGGUCACAUGUGUAUGUACUGUGCUGUUGGCGAAAUAUUAACAGCUCAGUGUGAUCGAAUCCAUUAUGCUGUAUAUUCCAAUAAAUGGUAUAAUAUGGAGUUAAAAAAUAUUCGGAACUUGAUUCUUCUAAUGAUAAGAACCAAUAAACCUCUUUACCUUAAUAUUGGUAAAGUGUUUCCGUUAACAAUGGCUACAUUUUGUAAUCUACUAAAAACAUCAGCUGGUUACAUAUCCGUGUUAUUAACAAAAAAAAGUCAAUCGAAAAUUUAAAAUAAUAUAACUAAUGCCUGCUCUGACAUUAAACGACAAAUUUAGUAAACAUUUGAUCAAAGAGUUAGUA